AUGAAAUAUCAGGUGCUUACCCGAAACAGGUCUGUGAUAAGCCUUCAAGAAGCGGAACACCAGGCGGCCGUCUUGGAUGCCAAACAGGACUUGGAGAGGAUACAGCAAGCGGUCCGAGAAUGGCGUAAUAAGAAAGACGUAAACACAGACAAUGUCGAUGACACCGGUAGAGAUAAUGGCACAACAGAUCCCUACACAAACAGUGACCAAAUCGGGGCUACUACCAAAACAUCACGGUCAAAUUCACAAAAUAAUCUAUCAUGGACUGACGGGAAAGAAUUUCGACCUCUAAUGAUUCCAGAAAUCAACUCCCAGUCCAUCAGAAAAUGCUUUUCGGAGUUCAAGUUGUGUGUUGACCGAGAGGUUGGAACUGGUGUCAGUGUCGGCGAUAUAUUCCAGGAGGCUUCAUUGCUUCUCAGGAAGGGAUCAUCGAACACCAACGCAGCAGCUAAUAUGAUGCGUUAUCUGAAACCAUUAGGAGCGGAAACCAAGCAUUACACGACUCCCAAUCAGUCGGCCAAAAACUCACCCCGGGAUAAUCUGGUGUGGCAGCAAAUGCAGGAGAAAAGAGCUGACCAGGGAGACGGGAGAAGGGUUCAACAGCAGGCAACAACUCCAGUAUCACAGGACGAGUUGAAUUCACCGAAUACCUCGCAAAGCAAUAUUGAAGGAGACACGCCAAGACAGCGUUGCGAACAGAAGGAUGCUAAUGAUGAUAUUGAUCAAAUAGGCUCCAUGCCCUAUUGUCACGGCAGAUGUGGUAUAGUAGAGGUACUACCAACUAUUAUGGAGAAAGUUUCUCCUACAGCUAGCUCGUCUCAAAGGUCAUUUGCUACCUCUUCCGGUUCUGACGACAGCCUCAAGCGGAAAAACGCAAUAAUCAAAGUUAAGAAGGGAGCAAAUACUGCGGCCUUAGCUAAGUGUUCAUUGUGCGAACGAUUCGGGUCUGAUAGUCAGAUCAUAUUCUCAAUAGACAAUGUAAAAUAUACAUUUUCAAAAAAUGGACAAAACAGACUCGAGCCAUACACUGGUGGAGGCAGCGUUAAGAAAACCGUCAGUGCAAAUGACGACAAAAUGAGACAAAUUCAUACAGGAAAACCAAGCAACGUUGUUUCUAGUGCCACGCCGUAUGUAAAAUAUGAAAAUAAGAAUACCCAUCUCCCACCAAUCAACUCCAAUCCCGGCAACUCAAACACAAUCUCUGAGACAAAUCUUGUGAAACAAAAACAUCCACCAAGAGUUUUCCUGCCUCUCUUAACACCCAAAGAAUAUCCCGUGGACCGGAAAUUGCGUCUGUCUGACGCUUGUCGUGCCGACAACAAGAGGCUUCCUCCUAUUCCGAGCCAUGUUGUACUGAAAAGGAAGAAUAAGAAACCAAAAACUCAAAGAGGAGAAAUGCUUACAACACAUUCAAAUUUGUUAUUCGGGUGUAAGCUUCCCCCAUUGAAACUACCGGAAGUAUGUGGGCACGGUAAAUCGAGUAUUCCGCAGAAAUACCAAGGAUACCAGUCUCCCUUUAAUGAAAGCAUCAGAAAUAAUAGCCGUUGCGAACAAACAGAGCGGACUAACGAAGCGUGCGACACCGGAACCAUGACAACAGGGGUAGAUCACAUGACUGAUAACACCGAAGAACCCUUUCAUCUUCUGGUAAAGAUUCCCACCAUGGAAACAUCGUUUCUUGACGAACCAAGAACCCCAAGGAAACGGAAGGUUUCGAAACGUUCGAAAACAGGAAAACAUUGA